GCUGGGUGAUCAACACCAGCUCAGCAUCACCAGCUCACCGCCUGCUGAAUCCAGGGAAUAAACUCUGAACAGUUUUCCUGAGAGACGACUGCUGAACAAACAGUCAGUGCAGAAAUGUCUCAGCUGUCUGUCCUGCUGCCUCUGACAGGCCUUCUCUUCUUGGUGUCCUCGACGUUUGGAUCAGAGUCCAGUGUGCCGUACCCUGUGACCUGUGUGACCCGUGGAGUUGACCUGAUGGAGGACAGAGUGGUGGUUUUGUGUCCUCCAGACUGCACCCAGUGGAGGGUGUCGGUGUUCGGGACGGGGAUCUACGCCUCCGUCUCCUCCGUCUGUGGAGCUGCCAUCCACAGGGGGGUGCUGCGUCCGUCCGGCGGCCCCGUCAGGGUUCACAAGCUGCAGGGACGACACAACUACAUGAGCUCUUACGCCCACGGCAUCCAAUCACAGGCCCUGCCCCAUUGGACCGCCUCCUUCAGCCUCACCAAGCCUGUUAAUGUUCCACUGGAGUUGACCAGUGAGACCAGCACCACAGCUCUGCCUGCAGCUGCACAGCCAGCAAAGAAACCACUGAAGAAGCCAUCAGUGAAGAAAGCUCUGACAGGUGGAAAUAAAGACUGUCAGAUGGACAUCGCCAUGGUGAUCGACAGCAGUAACAACAUCGGGCAGCGAAGAUUUAACCUGCAAAAGAACUUUGUUGCCAAGCUGGCGGCCAUGUUGAAAGUUGGAUCAACAGGACCACAUAUAGGACUGAUCCAGGCCAGUGAUUCUCCCAGGACAGAGUUCUUACUGAACAACUACACUCAGCCUAAAGAGCUGCUGUUUGCCAUCAAGGAGCUGGCCUACCUGGGAGGAGACACCAACAUAGGUAAGGCCAUCAUGCACACAGCGGAGACCUUCUUCGCCCAGGAGAAAGGGGGGAGGCGGGGUCACCCCCGGGUGAUGAUGGUGCUGGUUGACGGCUGGCCAUCUGAUGACUUGGAGCAGGCGGCCGUGUUGGCCAGAGAGUCCGGCAUCAACGUCUUCUUGGUGUCUGUGGCCAAACCGGCACCUGAGGAGCUCCCCAUGGUGCGAGACAAGGACUUCAUGAAGAAGGCGGUGUGUAAAGAUAAUGGUUUCUUCAAUUAUUUGAUCCCCAGCUGGUUCAGCACCAACAAACACGUCAAACCUCUCGCUCAGAGGCUCUGCUCGCUGGACAGCCUGCUCUGCAGUAAAACCUGCUACAACUCAGUGAACAUCGGGUUCCUCAUCGACGGUUCCUCCAGCGUCGGAGAGGGAAACUUCCAGCUGGUCCUGGACUUCUUGGCAGGAAUCGCCAGCAGCUUUGACAUCUCAGACGUGGGCGCUCGUGUCGGUGCGGUGCAGUUCACCUACGAUCAGAGGCUGGAGUUCGGCCUGUUUGACCAUUCCAACAAAGAUGAAUCCAUCAACGCCUUGAGGAGGAUCCCCUACAUGAGUGGAGGAACAUCCACUGGAGCCGCCAUCAGCUACACCACCCAGAACCUGUUCAGGCGGACGGGACCAGGUCGCAACUUCCUCAUUGUGGUGACGGACGGCCAGUCAUAUGAUAAUGUCAGAGACCCGGCCAUGGUUGCGCAGAAACAAGGCAUCACCAUGUACUCAGUGGGCGUGGCCUGGGCACCCAUGGACGACCUCAAAGCAAUGGCAUCAGAGCCGAAGGACAGCCACACCUUUUUCACCAGGGAGUUUACCGGCCUCGCUGAGUUCGUCCCUCUGCUGGUCCGAGGCAUCUGCCGAGACUUCACAGAAAACAACUAAGAGCGCACGCGCGCACACACACACACACACACACACACACACACACACACACACACACGUCUUUGUACUUCUGUACUUGUGAUGAUCACCUUACCUCAAACCUAACUGCUGGACAACAUAUUAACCAUCAAAGCAGCCUGACAAUGAGAGGACUGGACAAAAUGCCCUCACUUUACAAAAUGUCCUCUCUUUGGCAGUAGAGAAACUGUCCUCACACAGAUAGAAGUUGUUCUUGUUGGGUCCCUCACUGACAAGCUUAGCCAAGCCCCUAAACCUAAACCAAGUCUUAACCCUCAAACAACCGCUUUAAGAAGUGAAAAUGAGACAAAAUGUCCUCAGUUGUCAAAAUGUCCUCACUUUGCAGGCAGAGUGUAAGGUCCCCACAAAGAUAGAAGUACAAAAUUUCACACACUCUGUAUAUAUACUGUACACACAUUAACCAACCAGUACUGACACAUACAUAUGUAUAUAAAAGACACACAACAUAUAAAUUCACACAUAUAUACACAAACCCCACCUUUUUAAUGAAGCAUAUGUUUGGAAACCCCCAAACAACCAAUCAUCAUCAUCAUCAACAGCAUAAAACAAAAUCAUUCACUUUUCAUGAAGCAGUCCUGUGUGUGUUCGACUCUGUAAUCAGAUUUAUUACAGUAAAUAAUGUGUGACAUGACAAACUCAUAGAAAUACAAAAAUUAGUAUUGUAAACAACUUGUAAAACAUUGCUAACUUCAUAUUAGUCAGCUAAAUUGAUUUAAUUACUUUUAACUCAGCUAACUUUAAUAAGAACUAUAAGCAGCACUGGUGUAUUUGAACUACAGGGUGCAUUUAAAGCCACGGAAGCUAAUUUAUUUAAAAUAGAUGCUAACUAUGAAAAAAAAAAAAAACAUAUUUUGCAUUUUACAUAUUAAAAAGAAUAAAACUGGAUCCUGGGUCUUGCAAUUAUGACUUUUGUAUCUCGUAGUCACAAAAUAAAAUUAGUUUUCUUGUAAUUGACCUUCCGCUAAGCCCCACCCCUUUGUGAUGGUCUGACAAGCUGUCAGAGUAAGCAUGGAGCCCACACUGUAACUAACUGCACUCCCUGAAGAAACAUCAUAUUUUGGAAAAAUGAAAGAGUGAUGUCAGAGUGAAGCAGACAGAGGGGUCUACAGUCUGUGUUUGAAGGAUAUAUCCAGGAUGUCAAACUGACUCAGCAGCAACAACAGGUUAAGAAGACAAAGAUAGUUAGAAGCUAAAGCCGAACUAUAGGCUACAGAUCACAGUGUAAAAGUGAACCACCACAUCACUGCUGAUCGCCACACAAGACAAUGAAUAUAAAGGGAAACUUUGCUGAUAUUGAACCAGCUGUGUGGCAUUGCAGUGCGUGCAGAUGAACAGUGUUUGCUGCUGCCAGCACCUGAACCUCCCCCGCCGGACAGGCAGGGAUCUCCAGGGAAAGUCAAACAACAUUCAUCUGCACACACUGUGAUGACACACAGCUGGUUGAAUAUCAGCAAAGUUUCCCUGCUUCCCUUCACUGGUUCCUGUACAGCAGGGUCGGUCUUUGUUUCACUGUUAUAAUCAUUAAAAAGCAAAAGCAGCAUGUGUAUACAUUCAGUAGGCUAUAUCUUCAGUAGCUAGCUAGCUAACCCUACACUUUACAGGGUUUGAUUUUGGAACAGGGAAGAAACGUAUAUCUUUUUCCAACCUCUCCAGGUAACGAGUAUCAUUAAUACACGACGUGCCCCAGGCACAACAUUUAGCUCCACAUCCACAAAACCAGCCUGGAAAUGAAGGAAAUCUGAAACAAUUGCAUUAGAGUCAAUGGAGCACAGCUGUGUUGGUGUCAGACCCUGGUCUGAGACGGCUCGAUGCUUAAUCAAGAAUAAACUAGGUCUUACUUAUGAGAACAGUAUCUGGUAAUUACAAGAAAAUUAUUUUGUAAUUAUAAAACACCAAUCUUGUCAUUAUGAGAUUCUGUAUCUCAUAAGAUGUUGUGAUUAUGACAUAUUUUUGUGUUCUAAGGUUGUUAGAUCUGUAUUCUGUAAUAUUAUUUGUAAUCAUGAGAUCUUUAAUACAAGAUACUAAUUGAUUGAGGAAAUACAACUAAAUUUUUACCUUAAAUUUUAUAAGCUUUCUUUGGGGUGCUUCCGUAGUUAUUCCAGAAUUUACCCACCAUUUCUGAAAUUUAAUCAAAUAAAGAAAAUGACCUGAAUUCUUGAAUCCAGUACUGUGUAAUUUAUUCUUAGAAUCCAGGUGAAUUUAAUACAGUUUAGUGUCCAAAAGACGUCAACACACUUUGUGAGUGAGUAGUGACCUAGUGAAUGAUUUCAGACUUACAAAUCAUCUGGGUGUCAAACCAAGCAGCUCUCAUGACUUACAACAUGUAUCUAAAAAAUGCUUACCUUGUCUGUUAGUCAAGGAUGGAGGUUUUACCAACAAAAUCAUCUCGUCAUGGGAACUUCUUGUUUGGCAGGUGUAUUUUUGAUGGAGCUAAGCUACCACCUGACGGACUGUUUUUCCAUGUUUGUGGUUUUUAGUUUGUUUCCUAAAUCUUCAAUGAGAAAAUUCCUCAAAGUUUGUUUUGACUUUGGAAAACUUCCCUACAUACAGCUCCGGAGAGCUCAUAAGUAAACCUUGAAUUUAGAUUAUUAUGUAACAGAAAGCUUAAACUAAUCUGUUAUACACAAGACAAAGAAAGAUUCUGCAAAAUAAACAAAAUACACCAACAAUUCUCAAAUCAUUUUCUUGUAUUUGCAUUUCAUUUUUUCAUCAUUUUCAUUUUAUCAUAAAACACAGACAUAUCUUUCACUCUUUGUUCUAAGUUUUAAGCUCCAUCCUCGUUAACGUUGUAAUUAUCCUGAUGUACAUUUGCCAAACCAGUAGAUUUUCUGAAACUUGAGUCUGUAUUCUUUGUACGAGGACAGAGCUACAGGACGGCGUCAAUCAUUGUUUAACUUCUUAACUUGAGAGCACAAUUUAUUAAUUCUUAUGCAUAGAUUAGAUUUUUUUUCCUUCACGACACAUGCCAGCUUACAUAGAUUUUAGUUUGUGAAAGGUUUUUUGUUAUUAAAAGUUUAAAGACUCUGCGUGUUGAUUUCAAUAGAAAUAAACUGGAGGGAAGUAAAUCUAAAAACUGAUGUCUGAUUUAAAAAAUGAUCAGCUGGGAUGGAUAGAAUACCAAAUUUGUAGUUAAAAGGGUUAAAGUUACCUGCAUGGUUCUUUGACUUGUUUGCCAACACAAUGUUUGCAGGAGGAGUCAGGCAUCAUACUCAAAGAAAAGAUGUAGAACAUUAAAAAAAAAUCAGAUUUCUGUCUCUGUGUUAAUGAAACCUUCUUUGUGAUUUGGGUGUUAAAUGAUGAUUCUGUCCUUUUUCUGUAUUUAUUACCUGUUUUCUUUGUGACUCUCAA